CUGUCAGAAUUCACACUCUAAAUUAUUUUAUUGUAUAACGGACGAAAAAUGUUUUGUAUUUCAUGCUAAACAUUUUAGUUCCUUCUUUUCAACCCUAGAAAAAGAUGCUUCGGUUGGUUGUCAUCGUUGCAGCUUCAGUUAUCCUGUUCUUUUCUGGUGUUGACGCAGCUAGGGUAACAGAACCCUGUGACUACGGAUGGAGUCCUUUCAACUCUGCUUGUUACCAUAUUUUCAUGGAAAGGAUGAACUGGUCAGCAGCUAGUUCAAGUUGUCAGGAAAAGGACGCUGAUCUAUUGUUUUUGAACCCUAGUGAUAGUGUGAAAAUGUUAUACAUAAAUCAGCAGACAGAAAGCGUGAUCAAACAGAUGACCUGGUGGGUUACCUUUGAAAUGAAGUCACUUGAAGGCACCUUGGUAUCUAUUCCUGUCAACUCUUCUUCCACGGGCCAUAUCUCCCUGUGGAAACCAAACUACCCCAGCAACCAAGACAAUUACGACUGUGCAUUAAUGGAUCCUGACGGUCUUCUCUAUGAUGCUUCAUGCAGCUCUUCAAACUUCUUCAUCUGUGAAAAGCAUUUAGAUAACUCAAACAAGAUGAAGGAGUGUGAGAGUGGCUGGAUCCCAGUAGCCUCCUCUUGCUACAAGCUGUCGACAGUCCAAAGAAAUUGGUUUGGUGCCCUGAGGAUUUGCAGUGCAUAUGACGCUGACCUCAUGUCUGUGAACUCUGUACAGGAACUGCUGCAGAUAAAAAAGGAGAUAGGACUUGAAAGGACAGCAUCACGUUGGUGGGUAGGCUUACAGAAGAUGCCGUGGCAGUGGCUCAAAGAACCCUCGCCAUACAAGAUGUUCAUACCAUGGGAAAUAGGUGAGCCAAACGACGUCAAAGGCAAUGGGAACUGCGUGGAACUAACCCUUGGAGGACUCUUGAAUGAUGCGUCCUGCGACACUUCUGUUCGAUAUAUCUGUGAAAAAUCUAUGAAUAAAGAGAACUGCAGUACUGAGUCGGCUGGCAUGUCCUCUUGCUACACCGUUUCCACAAAGAAAACGAAUUAUCGUGAAGCUAAAGCAAACUGCCUCGCAGAUGGCGCCAACUUGCUGUCCAUUGGCUCAGCUAAAGAACUGCUGCAAGUACGGAAGGAGAUGAAACGAAGAGAACGUGAAUCACACUGGUGGGUAGGACUUCGGAAGAACAUGUCAUCAAACAACACGUGGAAAUGGCUUGAAGAGCCCCCAUCUUUGACACCACUAGUAAUAUUGUGGGAUGUGAAUCAACCAGACAACACUCGCAAUAUGGAGAAUUGCGCUGAGAUGCUUACUAGCGGAUUCAUGAACGACGUGGACUGUUUCAACAAUCGACCAUACAUCUGUGAAAAAACAUAUCAGUAA